CCACUGGCGCCGGCCAUCCGGCUGCGUCCGGACCGCUACUGCCUGGCCUGCCUGUGCGCGGCUGCCUCCAACUGCUCGCCGAACAUCGGCUGCCACCGGCGCGGCGUCGACAAGGUGUGCGGCCCGUUCCUCCUCACGGCCGACAUGUGGCGGCGCGCGCGCGCGGCCGACAGGACUGUCGUCGACCGCUUCUCCUACCUGGACUACCUCGCGUGCAGCAACGACACGGCGUGCGCGGCGGCGGUGAUCAGCGCGUUCGUGGCGGCGGAGGCGGGCGACUGCGAUGGUGACGGCCAGGUCACCUGCCGGGACUUCGGCGUGCUCACUCUGGCGGGGCCGGAGUCGUGUCGGGACGGCGGCCCGCGCCCAGGAAGGACGGCCACCGCCCAGCUGGGCUCGCUCGACCAGUGCCUGGCCGAUGUGGCCGCCAUGCUGCAGGCUCCGCCGCCCGGGCCUCACUGCUGAGUGUAUUCUCCGCCGACGUGGCCUGUGCACUGUGAAGGGUAGGCGGCCGUCCGGUCAGCAGACUCUCCUUAACCGGAGGUGGCUGACAAACCAUCGGCGCGGGCUGCGAAGGCGGGCGGUGACAGGGUCUGCGGGGGUCUCCGGAACUGGAGGAGCCCGCCCUGGCUGCUGACACCAACAUCAACACGUGCUGUGAUAACACGAGUUUGUCGAGUCGGCAGGAGGCAUCAAAUGGAACUAGCUGCUGAGACGAACAGCAGCGUGUGCUGUGAGGUCAGCAGGUAGCGAGCCGGCAGGUUAUAUGGAUUCUCCGCAACGGGAGAUAUCAGUGUAUAUUAGUGGCGAUCGGUUCCUAUGUUUUCAGUUCAGUUCUUGGCCAGAGGGCAGCGCCAGUGUAUAUGGGCAUUAUUCUCAGUGUUGCUCGUCGCAUUUCGCACUUGUGAUGGAGUUCAUAACAAAAAUGCACGGACGGUGCGCGUAUUCACCACUCAAUACACACAUUGA